AGCAGCAGCAGCAACGUGUGUUCGAAAGUUUUUCGUUUUUCGAUCUUUUUUGAGUUUUUUGUUUUGUUUUUGUUUUUGAUUCAUCUAAUUUACCAUGAUGGCAGAUGAUAAUCAAGUGAUGAUGAACAAUUGUUUAAAUGAACCGAAACAAUUGUUAGUAAUGCCUGGUGAUUGUCUACUAAAACAUCAAAAUAAUAUUAUUGCAUCGAAUGGUACUUAUUUAAAAAAUGAUUUUAUUUAUUCAUCCAUGGCUGGUUAUUUACAAAUAACCGAACAAAAUGAAUCACAUUUUGAUGAUUUACAGAAUAAAACCGUUAACGAUGAUGCUGAAACAAAAUCAAUGAAUGAAGAUAAUAAUGAUUCAUUGAAUACAUCAUCAUUAUCGAAUCAAAUUAUAACGAAAAGAAUUGUUAAAGUUAUACGACCAGGUAAUGAUUGUCAAAUACCAUUUUUAGAACCAGGUUCAAUCGUUACUUGUCGUAUAACACGAAUAACAUCAUCAUUUGCUAAAUGUAGUAUAUGUUCGAUUGAAGAUUAUAUCCUAAAACAACCAUAUACGGGUAUUAUACGUUUGGAUGAUAUACAUGAUGGUAUUUCUGCACAACAACAACGUUUACGUCAUGUUAAUCGUUGUUUUCGUCCAGGUGAUAUUAUACUUGCACGUGUUAUUGCUGCUGGUGAUAAUCAUCAAUUCCUUUUGACAACAGCCACAUCUGAAUUAGGUGUUGUUGUUGCUGUUAAUGAUUGGAAUGAACCAAUGAUACCAUUAAAUUCAACCGAAGUAUUAUGUCAACGAACUUAUACAAAAGAAACAAGAAAAGUUGCUAAUAUUGAAUCGAUUGCCUAUUGAAAAAUCUAAUUUAUUACUCUAUCUUUCUCUCCCUUGGUUAUAAUUCAAUUUUUAUUGUUUUUUCAAUGUAAAUAUUUACAUU